GAAAAAUGACAGAUUCUGGGAAAAAACAAGUUGGAGAAUCAUCGACCACCCCAAAAAGACAAAGACAUUGCCACAAGUAUGAUGUGGAGAAAACUCAACAACUUGAAGAAUUUUUCGAGGAAUGUCAACAUCCAAGCGAGGACCAGCAAAACCAAUUGGGCAGAAAAGUUGGGCUUGACUCUAAACAGAUUAUGGCUUGGUUUCAAAACAAAAGGUCGCAAACAAAGGCAAAAGGUGACAAAUUACACAACUAUACUCUUCGACAAGAAAAUGAAUUUUUCCGUUGUGAGAUUAUGGCAAUGAAAGAGAAGAAGAAAAAUAAUAUGUGCCCACAAUGUGAUGGUCCAUCCAUUGGAGAAGAAGAAAGAAUGCGUAAUUUAGAAAAUUUGAAAACGGAAAGUCAAAGAAUGAGAGAGGAGCACUUAAGAAUAUCAAGAAUCAUCUCAAGUUCUCAUGGAAUAUCUUUUGGGAUAGAUUCAAAUUUGGCACCACUGAGUUCUACUCUUGGAUCUCUACUAGAUUCCUCAAAUGAUUGCUUGUUGAGCCAAAUUAUAUGUGGAUCUCCCAUUCCUUUUGAUCAAGAAAAUAAUCAUAAUGAAGACAAUAAUGUUCAAGCACAAUUAAUAAAUAACAAUAACAUCCCAAUUAUGUCCUCAUUACCACAAGGAAAUUAUGGUAUUCAACAUGACAAUAGGGGAAAAUCAAUUUUUGAUAUUGUUGAUGCUGGUAUGAAAGAAAUGCUUGUACUUUUGGAUGUGAAUGAUCCUGUCUGGGUAAAAUCAUCAGGUGAUGAAAGGUGUUUUAUACAUUGUGAGAGUUAUGAUAGAAAAUUUCCAAAUUCAUAUCGUCCUUAUAAAUCAUCCACUACUCGAAUUGAAUCAUCAAAGCAUUUUGGAGUUGUGCCAAUGACCGUAACUGAGUUGAUCCCAAUAUUUCUUGACCCGAUCAAAUGGAUGAACAUGUUUUCAACUAUAGUCAGAAAAGCUAGGAAUAUUGAUGUUGUUAAACCUGCGAAUAUUGAAGGCUCUAUACAAUUGAUGUAUGAACAAUUGCAUACUUUAUCUCCUUUAGUGGAAGCUAGAGAAUUUUUCAUCAUACGUUGUUGCAGAAAACUUGAUAAAACAACAUGGAUAGUGUUGGAUGUUUCAUAUGAUUUAUUCAAAGAGACCCAAACUAAUGUACCUUCGUAUGCUUGGAAAUUUCCUUCUGGUUGUGCAAUUCAAGAUUUGGGCAAUGGAGGAAGUAUGGUUACAUGGAUUGAACAUAUUCAAGUAGAUGAUAAAAAUCAGGUUUAUGAUAUUUUUAAAGACUUGGUGUAUGGUCAUCAAACAUAUGGAGCUGAAAGAUGGAUUGUUACACUUCAAAGAAUGUCAGAGAGAUAUAAUUUUGCAAUGGGUGCAAUAUUUCCUACUGAACAUGAUCUCAAAGGAGGUUCGAUUUUAUAUCUCCUUCUUCAUAUAUUUAUGACUUCAAAUUUUAUUAUAUAA